AUGGAAGAGAAUUUUUUUUUACAAAAUUUCGAAAAUAUCAACGAAGCAAGUAUCCCUUCUCCAAUUAUAAAUCAUUCAUCUGAGUGCAGAAAAUUUAACUCCUUACGAAAGAAGAGCAGGCAGGGGGGGACAUCUCCGGGCGCGCUUCCCAAAACGGGCCAAGGUAACAGGAAAGAAGAGAAAGAGGAGAAAGAAGAAAACGAAGUAGAGAAAGAAGAAAACGAAGAGAAAGAGGAGAAAGAAGGAAAGAAAGAUGACGACAUCGAAGUGGAUGAUGAGUACCCUGAUGAAGGAAAAGACAACUACCUCUGCAUAAACGCGAACGCAUUUAAUGGAAAAUGCUACCACAAGAAAAUACCAAUACUUGAUGAUAUUCACUUACGUUUUACAUUGGGAGAAUCCUUGACAUAUCUCCUUAACGCUUAUUUGCAAAGAGGUCUUAUAAAACGGGUCCUGUACAACAAAAUACUUCACACCUUUCAAAUUGCCAUCAUCAGCAUUCUACUUCAGCUGAAGGAAUCCAGAGGAAACAAAUGGACUAUCAAAGGAAAAUUGAUCAAUUUCAAAAAAGAAAACAAUGUACAAUUGCUUUAUGUAGAAAACGCCGUUCUCUCCUUCAGCAAAAUUGUAUUACAUGUACCUCUAUUGAAAAUUAAAUCCAUUGAUUUAUAG